CGAGCGCGCCGCGGGGCUAGUGGAGUUGAACGCGGAGCCGGUGCGGGCUCCCCGCUGCUGCCGAGUCCCGAGCCCCGCACGGUGGCCCGGGCCCGGCCGCGGCGCUGCUGGAGGAGUUGGUUCCGGGACCUGAGCUGCGGCCCGGGCUGGGGUCACGGGGGACGCGGGCCCCCGUGUGAGCUGCACACGGGACAAAGGGCGCGGUGUUGAGGCUGCGCGCCCCACCUCCCCGCGCCCCGCUCGGGCCCCUGCGCUACUCAGCCCGAGCGGAGGUCGCCGCCCCCAGCCCCUGCCUUCAGCCGCGCGGGCGCUCCUUCGGCCCGGGCGCACCCGGCGCCUGCGGCGCGUCCCCGGAGCGGCCAUCUGGCCGCGGGGCCCCGCGCCUGGCCGCCAGCUGGCCGCGGCGCAGGCGAUGGCUGGACACAGCCGGGCCGCUUGGCCGCUUGCCCUGGGUUCCGCUGCGGCUCCCCCACCGCGCCGCGAGCGCCUGCUACUCCAUGCUGGGCUGCGGAGCUGAGCGGCGCGAGCGCGGGGCCAGCGGCCCGGGCGCCCGGGGCCACCGAGCCGCCACUUCCCGGCGUGGGCUCAGAGUUUGGGGAAGCCGAGCAGGUGGCGCAGCCACUGCCCACCUCCUGCGAACUCUGCGGGGCUUCUAGUCUUGUUGAUGUUGUGACUAUGGGCUGCGUGUGUGUUUUUCUUUUUUUUUUUUAACCACACACAAAAGAAGGGAGGAGUUAGAGGAAAGAUUUAGCCACUAUGAGUCAUCCCACACUUCGCUCUUUCCCCGGGAUAGCAAAUGCAUGGGGAGAAUGUCUUGAGAAACAGUUAUAGUAGGGACUGCCUAGGUCCCCUCCCUGUCCCCUUUCUCUACAGUCCUGUCUGCGCCGGGUGUGCCCCAGAUGAAGGUGGGGUAAAAUGAUGGCCAGCGCACCUAAAUGGGGGAAAUGGCUACAAGCUAGCAAGCUGGAAACUUUCUGGAACAGUGGAGCUGUGAAUAUCGAACCACACACAUUCUUGCUAUAGGCAGCCAUGGCCCUCGUGCGCUACUGAAAUAUAAAUGGAAAGGCCGUCACAGCAGGACGAUACCUUAGCCUUCAGUAGCAUGAAUUCAGCACUGCACGGAGGAGGGCGGUGGUGGUGGCUCACGCCUCUGCUUUGAGGGGCCCAGGAUCGGAUCAGCCAGGAAACUGCCAGGACCAGGGAUGCGGGGUCACAAGUGAUCGUGUUCUCUAAUCUGAUUCCCAGAGGUGCUGUCACCUCUCAGCGUGGCAGAGGAUGGCUGGCUAUGUGGUUGAAUGUUACAGAUGAGGUAGAAAGGCUGGGCAGAGGUCAGCAGGCCCCUGGAUGCAUGGAGAGGAAUAUUCUUCUGUAGGUGGCUGCUGCUAAUUUUUCCAAGGGGAAACAUUUAGGUUUGGUGUCGCCAUUCUGUUUACUGCAGUCCAGGCUGCUGUGUUAGCUGUCAUUGGGUCCUCAUGGUUCACAGCUGGAUGACAUUUGUUUUUCAUGGGUCCCUGUUUGGGGUCUUUUUGACCUUCUCACUGAUGAUUAAUUUGUUGUAACCUCCUGAAAACAGAGGCUUGAUACGAGAAGUUUGAGAAAUUGUAGGAUAAAGGGACCUCUGCUUUGUUCCAGAUUUCAGCCCCUGUUGAGGGGCCAGUUGAUUCUGUUGCAGGAGUCAGGUAGUGAGCAGAACACUGACUUCAUUCCUCCCGGGUUGUGCCCUCUGCUUGGCCUGUAGCUGAGGCCACAGUGGGUCUCUCUUGUUGCUUCAUAAGGUGAACUAACGAUCCAGCUAUGGCAGAGGAGCCAGGCAGGACAUCACGUGGAGAAGAGGGACCAGAAAGUGCAAGCUAGGGCCCAUCUGGAAGAAAACAGAACAUCCCUUCCUAUUUCAUGGCCUGAGUGUAAAAAACGGUGGAGGCUGGGCACGGUGGUUCACACCUGUAAUCCCCAUGCUUUGGGAGGCCGAGGCAGGAGGAUCGCUUGAAGCCAGGCGUUUCAGACCAGCCUGGGCAACAUGGUGAGACCCUGUCUCUACAAAAAAGUUUUUAAAAUAGCCAGGCAUGGUGGCAUAUGCCUAUAGUCCCAGCUACUUGGAAGGCUGAGGUGGAAGGAUCCCUUGAGCCCAGUAAAGUGAGGCUGUGGUGAGCUAUGAUCAUACCACUGCACUCCAGCCUGGGUGACAGAGUGAAACCCUGUCUCAAAAAAAAAAGGGGAAGGAGUGUAGAGAGGGUGGUCCCCCAUCUCUACCACCUUACUCAGACAGGGCUUCUUUUACCUGAGUGCCAAGCCUGGCUCAGGUCAUUGAGGAACAGAAGUCGUUUAGUGUUAGAGGAAGGAGAGUUGGGAACAGGGUCACUGUGUAUGGUUGUACAGUUUGUACCAGGCACCGGACCAAGGAAGCCAUGUGCCCUGGGUCUGCCCAAAAGAAGGGUCUGCCUUUCUCAGUUGCACCAGGUCACCCGAUGGGCUGCUGCUGGCCCUAGUGCUCAGCCCAUCUGCAGGAAUAAAGAGUUGCAACAUGGGUGUGCUCAAGACAGGCGGUCAGGGACUAGGAAGCAGCGGCUAAUUUCUCCAAAAUCUAACAAUAAUGAGAACUGGUUGUUUGCAUGCAUUUUCUCCCUUUAAUCCUUUACCACCGCCCUCUGAAGAAAGUAGUGGUGGUACCAUGUUGUGCCCAGUGGGGAAACUGAUUCUUGGAAAGACUAAGCAGUUCAAGGUCGUGCAGCCGGCAGGUCCAGGUUUGUCCGUCACCAGAGCCUUUGGUCUCAACCACUGGACUAGACUGAUCACUUUGCCUGGCCUUCUAACAAAUUGUAGCUUUUUUUUUUUUUUGCAUUUCCUAGUGAAAGGCAUUUUCCAAACUAUACCACUGUGUACAUUAACAGUAAAUCCCUUGAAAGAAAAGAGCAUUUGUCAGUAUUUUCGGUGGCAGCAAAGAUGUGGGAGGCUUUGGAGAAAGGAGAAGGAGCCCCCUGAGAUAGAGAAGCAGGGGAGUCAUAGCGAGGAGGGGAGAGCCAGCUAGAACUAGGAAAUGAUGUGGGGGCAGGGGCAUUGGAGGUCGGCCAGGUUCUCUGCUGUCCCUGCAAGAGCAGAGGAGGAGAUCUUCUGAGAUCCACUGAGUCAUCCAUCCAGUUGACUUCCCAAGAGUCUGCACCUGGCCUACCAGGGUACCUGGUUGAUGAUUCGAGAAGUGGUUUAUCCUUUGACUGGAAAAGAAAAGUAGCUGCAGUAUUCCCCCAGCACUUGCUGAGAGCAUGCCUUACGUCAGGCCGUGAGGCUUGAGAGACAAGCAGUGGAAGAGUUGUGGCCUGUUUCAUCUCUGGAUUAUAAAUCUGAGCCUCCUUCUGGCUCCUGGAAGGGGACAGCAUCACCAUGGAAUGAUUCCUAACCAGCAUAAUGCUGGAGCCGGGGGCCACCAGCCUGCAGUUUUCAGAAUGGCCGUGUUGGACACUGAUUUGGAUCACAUUUUUCCAUCUUCUGUUCUUCCUCCAUUCUGGGCUAAGUUAGUAGUGGGAUUGGUUGCCAUUGUGUGUUUUGCACGCAGCUAUGAUGGAGACUUUGUCUUUGAUGACUCGGAAGCUAUUGUUAACAAUAAGGACCUCCAAGCAGAAACGCCCCUUGGGGACCUGUGGCACCAUGACUUCUGGGGCAGUAGACUGAGCAGCAACACCAGCCACAAGUCCUACCGGCCUCUCACCGUCCUGACUUUCAGGAUUAACUACUACCUCUCGGGAGGCUUCCACCCCGUGGGCUUUCACGUGGUCAACAUCCUUCUGCACAGUGGCAUCUCUGUCCUCAUGGUGGAUGUCUUCUCGGUUCUGUUUGGUGGCCUGCAGUACACCAGUAAAGGCCGGAGGCUGCACCUCGCCCCCAGGGCAUCCCUGCUGGCCGCGCUGCUGUUUGCUGUCCAUCCUGUGCACACCGAAUGUGUUGCUGGUGUUGUCGGCCGUGCAGACCUCCUGUGUGCCCUGUUCUUCUUGUUGUCUUUCCUUGGCUACUGUAAAGCAUUUAGAGAAAGUAACAAGGAGGGAAUGUAUUCUUCCACCUUCUGGGUGCUGCUGAGUAUCUUCCUAGGAGCAGUGGCCAUGCUGUGCAAAGAGCAAGGGAUCACCGUGCUGGGUUUGAAUGCAGUAUUUGACAUCUUGGUGAUAGGCAAAUUCAAUGUUCUGGAAAUUGUCCAGAAGGUACUGCAUAAGGACAAGUCAUUAGAGAGUCUCGGCAUGCUCAGGAACGGGGGCCUCCUCUUCAGAAUGACCCUGCUCACCUCCGGAGGGGCUGGGAUGCUCUAUGUGCGCUGGAGGAUCAUGGGCACGGGCCCGCCGGCCUUCACCGAGGUGGACAAUCCGGCGUCCUUUGCUGACAGCAUGCUGGUGAGGGCCAUAAACUACAAUUACUACUAUUCAUUGAAUGCCUGGCUGCUGCUGUGUCCCUGGUGGCUGUGUUUUGAUUGGUCAAUGGGCUGCAUCCCCCUCAUUAAGUCCGUCAGUGACUGGAGGGUAAUUGCACUUGCAGCGCUCUGGUUCUGCCUAAUUGGCCUAAUAUGCCAAGCCCUGUGCUCUGAAGACGGCCACAAGAGAAGGAUCCUUACUCUGGGCCUGGGAUUUCUCGUUAUCCCAUUUCUCCCCGCGAGUAACCUGUUCUUCCGAGUGGGCUUCGUGGUCGCGGAGCGAGUCCUCUACCUCCCCAGCAUUGGCUACUGUGUGCUGCUGACUUUUGGAUUUGGAGCCCUGAGCAAACAUACCAAGAAAAAGAAACUGAUUGCUGCUGUCGUGCUGGGGAUCUUACUCAUCAACAUGCUGAGAUGCGUGGUGCGCAGCGGCCAGUGGCGGAGUGAGGAACAGCUUUUCAGAAGCGCUCUGUCUGUGUGUCCCCUCAAUGCCAAGGUUCACUACAACAUUGGCAAAAACCUGGCUGAUAAAGGCAACCAGACAGCUGCCAUCAGAUACUACCGGGAAGCCGUAAGAUUAAAUCCCAAGUACGUUCAUGCCAUGAAUAAUCUUGGAAAUAUCUUAAAAGAAAGGAAUGAGCUACAGGAAGCUGAGGAGUUGCUGUCUUUGGCUGUUCGAAUACAGCCAGACUUUGCUGCUGCGUGGAUGAAUCUAGGCAUAGUGCAGAACAGCCUGAAACGGUUUGAAGCCGCAGAGCAAAGUUACCGGAUGGCAAUUAAACACAGAAGGAAAUACCCAGAUUGUUACUACAACCUCGGGCGUCUGUAUGCAGAUCUCAAUCGCCACGUGGAUGCCUUGAACGCGUGGAGAAAUGCCACCGUGCUGAAACCAGAGCACAGCCUAGCCUGGAACAACAUGAUUAUACUCCUCGACAAUACAGGUAAUUUAGCCCAAGCUGAAGCAGUUGGAAGAGAGGCACUGGAAUUAAUACCUAAUGAUCACUCUCUCAUGUUCUCGUUGGCAAACGUGCUGGGGAAAUCCCAGAAAUACAAGGAAUCUGAAGCUUUAUUCCUCAAGGCAAUUAAAGCAAAUCCAAAUGCUGCAAGUUACCAUGGUAAUUUGGCUGUGCUUUAUCAUCGCUGGGGACAUCUAGACUUGGCCAAGAAACACUAUGAAAUCUCCUUGCAGCUUGACCCCACGGCAUCAGGAACUAAGGAGAACUAUGGUCUGCUAAGAAGAAAGCUAGAACUAAUGCAAAAGAAAGACGUCUGAUCCUUUUUCCUUCAUGUUUUGAGUUUGAGUGUGUGUGUGCAUGAGGCAUAUCAUUAAUAGUAUGUGGUGACAUUUAACCAUUUAAAAGUCUUAGACAUGUUUUAUUGAUUUUUUCUAUGAAAACAAAGACAUGCAAAAAGAUUAUAGCACCAGCAAUAUACUCUUGAAUGCUUGAUAUGAUUUUUCAUUGAAAUUGUAUUUUUUCAGACAACUCAAAUGUAAUUCUAAAAUUCCAAAAUUGUCUUUUUUUAAUUAAACAGAAAAAGAGAAAAAAUUAUCUUGAGCAACUUUUAAUAGAAUUGAACUUUCAUUUGGGAUCUGAGCCUUGUCGUGUAUGGACUAGCACUAUUAAACUUCAAUUAUGACCAAGAAAGGAUAGACUGACCCCUACAAUUUGUAUAAAUAUUGAACGUGUCUAUAUAUUAGCAUUUUUAUUUAAUGACAAAGCAAAUUAAGAUUCUUGUUUUUUUAUCUUUUUUUAAAACAAUAUACUGUGAACUUUGUAAGGAAAUAUUUAUUUGUAUUUUUAUGUUUUGAAUAAGGCAAAUCGAAUGAGGAAUGGAAAUUGUAACAUGUAGUAUAUCUAUAUCUAUAUGCUUUUCCCCAUAGGAAGAAAAUGACUUCUGCAGUAGUUUUUGGAUGCUCUGACUUGUGCAAUUUCAAUACAUAGGAGGUUAUGUAAUGUAAUAUUUUACAUAAACAAUUACUAUCAGUUGAAAGUUCAGGCCAUGCUUUAGGCAAAAGCAGGCAGCCUCACAUCUUUAUUUUUGUUACAUCCAAGGUGAAGAGGGCAACACAUCUGUGUAAGUUGCUUUUUAGUGUUUUUAACUGAAAAGCCAUUUUCCAUUUUGCUUAAUGAAACUACAGACAUUAUCCAGAAAAUGCAAAAUUUUCUCUCAAAUGGAGCCACAUUCUGGGAAUUUGUAGUAUUUUUAAGAAUUGAGUUGUUCCUGCUGUUAUUUGAUCCAAACAAUGUUUUGUUUUGUUCUUCUCUGUAUGCUGUUGACCUAAUGAUUUAUGCAAUCUCUGUAAUUUCUUAUGCAGUAAAAUUAUUACACAAACUAGCA